AACACUCUUUCUCUUCUCUUCUUCUGGUUCCACAAUGACACAAACAACUUCAUCAUCUUCAUCUUCUUCUUCUUCUUCAGAAACAUCUACUACCAGCACCAUUUCACCACCACCCUCCCCCUCCCCCUCCUCAUCUUCUUCUUCUUCCAAGAAGCAAAAAACAGAGCAUGCCAACAAGGACCCCAAGAGACCAAGAGACUGCAGCAAGCACCCCCUCUACCAUGGCGUCCGCAAGCGCAAUUGGGGCAAAUGGGUCUCCGAAAUCCGCGAGCCUCGCAAGAAAUCCAGGAUUUGGCUUGGAACUUUCGCCACGCCGGAGAUGGCUGCCAGAGCACACGACGUCGCCGCCUUGUGCAUCAAAGGCCAGUCCGCCAUCCUCAAUUUCCCCGAACUCGCCGGGACACUCCCUCGUCCCGUCACGUGUUCCCCAUGUGACAUUCAGGCUGCGGCCACAGCCGCAGCCUCCAUGGUCAAAUUUGACUCUAUUGUUGCUGCGGAACAGCCUCAGCACCACCCAGACACGUCUGAUGAUGCUGAGACUUGCUCGCAGCAGCAAGAGGCAGAACCAUCGUCAUCAUUGUCAAUGUCUAGAGAGACGGAUUCGUCUGAACUGAGCGAGAUAGUUGAGCUUCCGAACAUCGAAGAUGAUGAAGGGUUUGACUCGGUUGAUUCAACAAGGAGCGAGUUCAUUUGGUUCGACAUGGUCGAUAACUGCAAUGGUUGGGUGUAUGAUCCUCCAAUGGGGUUAGAGGGUGCUGAAUUCUGCGCAAAUUUCAUUGCUGAUAGUAACUCUUUGAUACCCAUUUGGGAUGAUUGAAAAUUUGGAUCUUUUUUUAUAUUCACUUUGCUUCACCACUUUUGGCACUGUCAUUGUACUAUAGAGUAAGUCCUCUCUUGUUUUUUCUUUUCUUAACCAUAUGAAUAUGAUCAUGUCAUAAUGUCAUGUGGAUAAGAAGAAAAAAAAAAUAAUAGAUACAAAUAUAUAUAUAUAUAUAUAUAUAUUAUUAAAUUGGAUUAUAUAUAAACUUUUAAUAAAAUUGACUAUUUUGUGCCUAUUUCUAAUUUUUCUAUUCUAAUGUUAGUAUAUUUGUUUUUUUUUAUCCUUUUCUUUUCUAAAUUAUUAGAAAGGUUCCAUUAUUAACAGAUAGGUAUCUUCAAUGGUGUGUUUGGCUACAUUUGAUGGGAGGGUCACUUCCAU